GAAAAAGAGGAGCGCUACCUAAUGCUUUUCUCUAAUGUGCUGGUUAUGCUCUCUGCCAGUCCCCGGAUGAGUGGCUUUAUUUAUCAGGGAAAAGUGUUGCUAACGGGCACCACACUAACAAGACAAGUAGAGGAUUCAGACAGCGCACACUAUGCAUUCGAUAUCACAGGAAGCCUGAUCGACCGCCUAACGGUGUUCUGCAGCAGCCCUCAGGAGUUACAAGAAUGGCUGGAACACCUGCAGCCGUUUACCAAAGGAGGCAGCCCUGCAGGGACCAUCUCAAAGAAUGUAGAAGGCAAGCUGCUGAGCACGGUCGGCGUCCCCUCACAUCCACCCCACCUGGGCGGCAUCAGUGCUGUGGGUCGAGGCCCCCUGGAACCGCCAAAGAUCAGCAAGCCUUGGUCCCUCAGCUGUCUGCGGCCUGCACCGCCGCUGAAGCCCUCCGCUGCGCUGGGCUACAAAGAGAGGAUGUCUUAUAUCAUGAAGGACUCCAGUAAGAGCCCACGGCCCAUGAAGAAGUUCCUGCCCGGCAACAGGAAAAAAGAGCGCAAAGCCUCUGAUGACGAGAUUCAGAUCAGGAAAAGCACCGCUGCUCUGGAGGAGGAUGCUCAGAUACUUCGGGUGAUUGAGGCGUACUGCACAGGAGCCAGCACACACCAGAACACCACAGCAGUGCGGAAAGAGAGCAUCCCCCAGAUGCUCCUGCCUGAAGAGGAGAAGAUCAUCGUGGAGGAGAUUAAAAGCAACGGACAGACGGUUAUUGAGGAAAAGAGCCUGGUCGAUGCUGUUUAUGCUUUAAAGGAUGAGGUUCAUGAAUUGAAAAAGGAGAACAAGUGGAUGAAGCAGUUUCUGGAGGAGGAGCAGAAGUCUCGCAAAGAGCUGGAGAGGCUAGUUCGGAAACUGACCAAGCAGAAGAACGACUGCUCCUGGGAGGACAGCGGCCACUGAACACGUACCCAGUCCAUCCUCGUCGUCGUUUCGUGACCUCUCUGGUGUGGGUCUCUUCAUGUGAGCAGACCUCCGUCGGGGAAAAGUGUUUGUGUGGUUUAUUUGAAUCUUUGUUUUUGUUUUUGUGCAUCUGCGUCAUGUCUUCACAUUUCAGCGUCACGUAGACUUUUGAAUCUCGGAGCUCGAUGGGACGUUUUCAUGAGAUCCUAACUGUCUUCCUGAUCCAGUUUUGCUAAACGAGACCCC